CCUGUCAGCAUCCAACCCUGCUUAGCUGGAAUAGUUAGGUUCAUUUACAUCAUUCCCAGAAUAACUAGUUACGUUUUGUUCCAUAUUUCGCUUCCGACCUCUAAUCUUGCCCAUGAAACUGAGUCGAGUCUAGCCAGAGGCCAAGCCAAAUCCCACCAUGACCCGCUCCAGCCCGCGCACCUUGACGGCUUCGCCAAAGCCAUGAGAAUAUAGAGUCAAGUUGCAUUCACACAAUGACUUUUUUGGGCGUUCUGUCCAGCUUAGGAAGAAACGGCAUUGCCAGGGGUUAGUCGUAACUCAACUCGCCGACAUAACAAACAAGGUCAUCGAUUGAUGAGGCGAAGGUUCACAGGACUCUUGACCUCGGCACGGCUAUCAGAACUGGCCAUCUUUUUUUUUUUUUUUUUUUUUACUACGAGCUACUUUGAUUUAGCCCAGAUACCCUCAUCCAAAUCUUGUCGUUUGAUCUCACGCUGUCGGCUUCCGUCACCAUGAUUCGCCAGUUACGAGCCUUGGGAGCCCUCAUCCUCUUCUGUUUGUCGACGCUCGUGCUCUUCAAAAUCGUGACUGCUCUCGGAAGCCCACCUGCGGGACGGCAGGUAGCGCAAAGCACAGCCGGUCAAGCUGCCGCAGCGGAACCCAAGGUCACUGCUGUUUCGAAAUGCGGCCAUGACGGUAUCAUGCUGUUAUGUACGGCGGGUGCAUCCGAAUAUCGUGUCCAUACAACAGUCACGGCAACAACAGACAUCCCACCUGCGUUCACGGGGUGCCGCCAGAAUGACUCCGAUAUAUACUGCCUCACCCCAGCAGGCAAUGAUGUAGAAAUAACCCUGGACGCGGAUGACGCAUCUCAGAACGGUGGUGAUGCUGUCGAGCCGGCUCGAGAGAACUGCCACUUCCAUGCUAGCAUCGAGCACUGCGCUGGCACUGGUUCGGACAAGGAGGGUUCAACUCGGAGAUGCACCCGCAUUGAGAGGAAUUACAGCAUCCCCUUACGAGUGGGCAUGCUAUUCGUGAUAUUGGUGACGAACGCAAUUGGCGUGUUUGGGCCCAUCUUCCUAGGCCCGCCCGCCACCCCUCGCCACAUCGUGUUCUCCGUGCUCAAGCAGUUUGGCACCGGUGUGAUCAUCUCAACUGCCUUUGUCCAUCUCUUGACACACGCGUAUCUGAUGUUCGCAGACGAAUGUCUCGGGGAGCUUCCCUUCGAAGGCAGGGCGGCAUCGAUGCUAAUGGCCGGCCUAUUCCUGGCCUUCUCUGUCGAAUAUGCCGGAACCAGACUCCUGCUAUGGCAUGCGGCCAGGAUGCCGGCAACCUUCGAGGCCGGGCUGGCCAGCAUCUCCGUCCCGGAAGCUGGCAUCAUCUUUCACUCCUUGCUCAUCGGCCUCACCCUCGUCGUCGCAGGCGACACCUUCUUCCCCACCCUAUCCGCAGUGAUAGCCCUCCACCAGGUGAUCGAGGGCCUCGCCCUAGGCACACACAUCACCGUCCCUCGCAGUACCGGCAACAUGCGUCGUCCCCUCCUCAACCCCGGCCCCGGCUGCCAGGGGUUUGCGACAGUAGCAGCAGCAGAGACGAAAACCCCUGCCCCUUACCCCACCACCACCACCGAUUCGGCGACUACGAAGAAGAGGCAGAAGCAAAACCUCCCCCUAGCAGCCGAAUUCGCCCUCGCGGCCCCCGCAGGCAUGGCAUUGGGCACCGCCGCGGUGCGGAGCCUCCUCGGCGGCCCGUCUGCCGUGGCGAUCAUCGGGUCUCUCGACGCGCUGUCGGCGGGCGCGCUGGUUUGGGUCGGCGUCGUCGGGCUGUGGGCCGGGGACUGGAUGGGGCAUGGGGGACGGAUGGCGGGCGAGGGAGCGGCGGGGGCUGCGGGUGGGUUGGGUGCUCUUGUUGCGGGUGUGGGGUUUGGGUGGAGGUGGGCUUGA